AUGGAAGCCCUCCUGUCCCUCGCCUUCGACAGCCUCUCCUCCUUUGACGGGCCCAAAGUCCGCAAGGGCAUGCGCCAGGUCGAGGGUCUGCUGGCGCAAAUCUGCCUCGGCGGCGGCGGGGAUGGCGAGGCGGCAGCAGCACCGACGAUGCCGCCGUCGUCGCCGCCGCGCAAGGACCUCGGCCGACUCUCGCAGGAUCCGGCCUUUCGCGAGUUCUUCAAGCUGCAGGAGGGCUUCGAGUGGAACGUCGCCCUCCGCCUCAUCGGGACCCUGGAUCGCCUCAUGGCCAAGGGCAGCGACGGGCAAAACGACCUUCUCAUCCUCAGCGCCCUCGACCUGAUCCAGGGCCUGCUGCUGCUUCACCCGCCCAGCAAAGCGCUCUUUGCGCGAGAGCAGAACAUGAAUCUCCUCCUCGACCUCCUCGAGCCCUUCAACUGCCCUGCCAUCCAGUCCGCCACGCUGCUCACCCUCGUCGUCGCGCUGCUCGACGCGCCCGUCAACACGCGCACCUUUGAGGCCCUCGACGGCCUGCUGACCGUCACGUCGCUCUUCAAGUCGCGCUCCACGACGCGCGAGGUCAAGCUCAAGCUCGUCGAGUUCCUCUACUGCUACCUCAUGCCCGAGACGCCGUCCAUCCCGCGCGCCGGCCAGCGCGACUCGGUGCCCGCCAUGCUCCAGCGCAGCCCCAGCAAGCUCGUCGGCGCCUUUGCCGCCGACACAAACACGGCGAGGCGCAAGAAGGCCGGUGGCGGGGGGGCCGCCGUCACCGUGACCCUGACGACCGACGAGAAGCAGGAGCUUCUGAGCCGCCACCUGAGCAGCGUCGAGGACCUGGUCAAGGACCUGAGGAACUGCGCGCCGUUUGGGGGGGUCGUGUGUUGA